AUGGAGCAGUCGCACAGGGGAAGCAGAAUCCUUGGGAACAUCGAGGACGGAGUGAAGCAUGUCGAGCCUGUCUUCAACGCUGUUGCUAGAAAUGUUCAAGAGCUGCGCUAUAGCACCGGCCGGGAGGGGGCUCGAGAGUAUGAUGAUGGUGCCAACAAUAUGGCGGAACUCCUGGAGAACUUCCUCUCUUUCUAA